AUUUCUUCUCUUUGUUAUCCUUCUCAUUUUUCAUCGUAUGAUGCUAACUUGAGUUUGAAAACUUCUUCAGAUAAUAAUCAUUUUUCCUUGAUCAUCUAUUCGUUUCCAUUUGUACAGCUUCGUUAAAAUACUAAAAUAAGGAAGAGUAAUAUUACAUUUAGAUAAUGGAGAGGUUGGAUCGAGAUAUUUGUUUGGGUCGGUGUUGAAAAUGCCUCCAUCUCCAUCAUGGAGGUGUUUACCGAAUGAGAUGAAUCAUAAGCGAGGAGAUACUCUUGAUGGUGGGCAGUUUACUAAAGAGAAAGAUGAUGAUCUUGAUUUGUUUAAUCAUUUGGAGAUGGAAGAAGAAGAUGAUUUUUCGUUAGAACCCAAUGAUGAUCUCGAUGAAUCCUUUUCUACAAAAUUGAGACACUUCUCGACUUCAAAGCCAGGCACCACGAUUCCAGUUCGAGGCGAGAGCAUUGACCUUCUUAGUGGUGAAGGUGAUAAGCACGAUUACGAUUGGUUAUUGACUCCUCCGGGCAGUCCUGUCUCUACUUCACUGGACAACGAGGCAUCAUUAGAAACUUCUUCUCGCGUAGGUAGGCCUAGAGGUCAACCACUGUCUACCUCGAGAUCAUUCAGAGCAGAGAAAGGUUAUAGGAAUCAUAGAAGUAGUGCAAGCCCGCACAGGUUGAGUCCAUCUCCUAUCUCACAAGCAAGAGGAAGACCAUCGUCGGCUUCUGGAGGUGCUUCUCGUGCAAGCUCAACUCCUUCAUCACGAGCUCAGACGCGUAGUCCAUGUUAUCCACGAAACAAGCCUUCAACACCACCUCUAGAAAGUCCACCCACAACAUUCCAAACGACGAGCUUGAGCUUGAGCAGAACCUCUCCCGCAAAAACAAGUCGUGGUGGCUCUCCUUCACCAAAAUUUCGGGCCUGGCAAUUCGAUGAUCCCGGUUUCUCUUUAAAAACACCACCAAAUCUUCGUACAUCUAUAGCUGACCGUCCAACAUCAUAUGUGCGGGGGUCAUCACCAGCGUCCAGGAGUGGAAGGGGUUUAUCCCCAUCAUCAAAGAGUAGCAUGGGUUCACCCUCAACAUCGAGAAGUGAAAGGGGUUCAUCACCAGCAUCAAGGAAUGGUACUGACUCAUCCCCAAGAUACUGGAGGCAAUCUAUGUCUCCAACUGCUUCAAGAAGUGUAAGUUCUUUAUACAGUCAUGAUGGCGAUCAAUCUAGUCCCUAUAGUAGAUGCUCAAUGGCAUCAUCGGGUGAUGAUGAUAUAGGCUCUCUGCAGUCUGUCAGUAUAAGUUCAUCCUCCCUCUCCAUAAGGAAAGUUGGGAUAUUCCCACAUAAAAAAAUCCCAACAUUUGCCAAGAUGGUUUCCAGAACACCAUCUCCGAGUUUUGCCACGGAAAAAUCUUCUUACUCCGCACUUCGGAAAACGGAUAAGAAAACCCCUCAAGCUAAGUUCAGACCACUUUUAUUGAGUGCCCCAAAUACUACCUUCUCUGUUGAGAAAGAAAAUUCUUCGUAUCAAUAUCAUCACAUGAACUCAAAGAACUCCUCAGUUGUAACCAGCAGUGAUCCAAGUUCUGUACAUGUUGAUGUUAUUGAUCUGUACAAGGAUGAUCAUGCCGAAUGUAGAGAGGAAACUAAUAAUGAUUCUCAUGAUGAAGUCAAUAGAAUGAAUGAAAAAGUUGAGAUCGAUAUCCACAAUCCUAAAAUUGAAGGUAUGACAUGUGAAGUUAGCCCAUGUGAAACUGAACACUUGAGCCAUCAAAAGGCUGAUGUGGUUUCUGCAUCUAUAUCUUCUUCUUUGAAUAUUGAGAACCUCGAAUGCCAUAAAAAUGAAACAAUAUGUUCUAAAUGUGGUAAGAAGUUUUAUGUUGAGGUUCUAAUAGAAGAUAAGAAUGGAAUAUGCCAAGAUUGUAACGAGACAGAUUUGUGCAUAUCUUUGUCCACUAAACUUAUUCCUGGAGUUGAUCUUCGGCAUAUCGAUGUUCACUUUCAAGCGGAAUUAAUUAAAGAUAAGUCAUUGAGUGAGUUGGUUCCUGAGGUUGAAGUACCUAAAUUGACAAAACUUAAUACAAUGAUUGAACCAUUGAUUGUCACUGGUGAGAUUAACGCGAAACAAGGGAAAAGUUGUUUGCUAAGCAAUUCAUUUACAAGGUCGAUAAUGGAGGAAGGUGAGAUUCACCUUGUUAAGAAGAAAGAGGUUAGCCAGACUGUAGUUGGUGCAGACCAUGAUAGAGAUAAUAAAUCCCUACAUAAUAUGGGUGAUCUAAGCAUGGAGAUGGAUGUUUUCGGGGAUGUUGAAACUCAAAUUAUGGAAAGUAGCAGGCUUCAGACUUUUCAAGGAAUGGAUUUCUCUGUUUCCAGUGUACCUUAUGAUUCCCCUCAUUCAAGAGAUGGUGCAGAUAAAAUGAGAAUCUUUACUGCCCCAUCAUCUGCUCAGUUCAGCCCAUCUAAAGAAAAUAUUCAUUGUCAGCCGAAGUUAAGCUGUAAGAAAGCUGAAGUGGCGAAUUCGGAAAAUGACUUGAUUAUAAACCAUUGUAGGUAUGACUUAUCCUCUUCUGUUGCAGAGACCUUUUAUAUUCUGGAAGAUGCUAUAGUGGAAAGUUGUGUGGAUAACGAUCAUGAUCGUAGGGAGGAUCCAACUCACGGUGGGUUGGUUACUGUAUUUAAAGAGCUAGAAACUGCAAACGAAAGUAUGCUCGGUUUUCAAAUCGAUUGUGUGGCCUUCCUAAAUGCGAAAUGCAGCUUGGAUGUGUUUGAUAAGCAUUCAGUUAUUUCAGCCUUAGAAAAAGAUGAUCCAAUUGAACCGGUAGGGUGUCCUAAACAAGAAAUAAAAAAUAUGUGUGUCGAAGCAGCAGCAAUUGAUACGCUUCCGUUAUGCAGUUCAAUCGUUCACAAUCUAGCUUACCAGGCUACAUCUAUUGCUACGGAGAAGGAAAAGUUAAUUCAUGUAGAUGAUUACUGGACAACUGUUACUUCAUUCGGCAAAACCAGUUAUAAUGAGGACUCACAUGUUAUGACUAUCAACAGCCCCUCUUUGAACUCUAUGAAGGAAAUGCAGAAAGUGGAAAUGAAGGGUAAAAGUUUAUCAACUAAAAAAGGUAUCAGCAUAAAUACCAGCAUAAAAAGCCAAGAACCCAUGAAGAACACGGAAACGGUUACUAACAGGGGUGACAUUAUUAUCCCUCAAAAGGUGGAAGCAAAAUGCAGCUGCAUAGUGAUGUAAAAAAAUUUGGUUUGGAAUGAAAUGCUUAUUUUCUGAGAAUAUAUAUGUGAGGAAGGGUGUUGCAUAUCUGUAUUGUAAGUUUUUCUUCGUAG